AGGCGGCGCUCAUUUCAUGCAGAACUGUGAAUUGUAGAAACCCAAAAUUAGAAAAAGGAAAUAGUUUGAGAAAACUUGACACCUUGUAUGGCUCUUGUAUACCAACAACCUAAAACUGGAAAUAUUAGUUACAGCCUUUGCAGACCCAUGUGAUGUACGUACUUACCUUACUCUAAUGCGGCCAUCCGUAUAUUUAAAACUCUUCCUUCAGCCCCAAGAAACCUCACCAUAAACCUAGGCCCUGUAGCCAAGAUAUCAUUAGCAGUCACUAAUUGUGUGGCUAUCUUCUCAGUAGUGCACCAUAGUUCAGCCGGCUCAAACCAUGGCUCGCGCCGUGUUUCUCGUAUGGGCCUUGUCCGUGAUUUUGGCCACAACCAACCUUGCACAAGGUUUGGGUGUCAACUGGGGUACAAUGUCAUCGCACCUUUUGCCUCCUAAAAAAGUUGUUCAGAUGCUCAAAGACAAUGGGAUCAAGAAAGUGAAGCUUUUCGACGCAGAGCCUUGGACCUUGAAUGCAUUGGCCGGGUCAGGUAUUCAGGUCAUGGUCGGAAUCCCGAACGAGAAGUUGGAAAAGCUUGCUGAUAGUUACUCAGAGGCACAAGAAUGGGUGAAGGAAAAUGUUACCGAAUGGCUUCGCGAUGGCGGCGUUAGUAUCAGCAAUGUGGGUGUUGGUAAUGAGCCAUACUUGACGAGUUACAACGGUACCUACGUUAAGACUACUUACCCGGCAUUGAAAAACAUUCAAAAGGCCCUAGAUGAAUCAGGAGCUGGGGGCAAAGUCAAAGCCACAGUGCCCUUCAAUGCUGAUGUUUACGAAUCAAUGUCAAACAAACCAUCAGACGGGUGUUUUCGAAAGGAUAUUAAGAACAAUAUGGUCGAGAUACUCCGUCACCUUCGUGACAGUAAGGCCCCGUUUGUUGUAAACAUCUACCCCUUCCUUAGUCUCUACCAGAACGCCGAUUUCCCACAAGAAUUUGCUUUCUUUGAGGGUGGUAGCAAGCCAGUUAGAGACAACAACAUCGAGUACAAAAAUGUGUUUGAUGCAAACUGCGAUACGCUAAUUAAUGCACUGAAGAAGGAAGGUUUUGGUAACAUGGAAAUCGUAAUUGGGGAAGUGGGAUGGCCAACCGAUGGUGACAAGAAUGCCAAUAUAAAAAAUGCUAAGAAAUUUUACGAUGGCCUCCUCAAGAAACUUGGCAAGGAGGAGGGCACCCCUCUUAGGAAGGGAAAAAUCGAAGUCUACUUGUUUGGCCUUUUCGACGAAGACCAGAAAAGUGUGGCUCCCGGAGAUUUUGAACGUCACUGGGGUAUUUUCCGAUAUGAUGGACAGCCAAAGUUGCCAAUGGAUCUCAGCGGAAAAGGAUCCGGAAAUCAAAUGCUGAAAGCCGUACAAGGAGUGGAAUACUUGGACAAGCAGUGGUGUGUGUUGAACAGUAGCGUUAAGAACUUGAGCCAAACGCAAGCGGAACUGAACUACGCUUGCGCUGAGUCUGAUUGCACAAGCUUGGGGAGUGGAAGGUCAUGCAAUUUGGAUCAACAGGGAAACGUCUCUUAUGCUUUCAACUUCUACUUCCAAACAAGAGACCAAGAUGUUCGAGCAUGUGAUUUUAAUGGGACGGCAACUAUCACGAAAAGCAAUCCCUCGGUAGGAGAUUGCCUCUUCCCAGUUCAGAUUGUCGGCGCCGGAGCGUCGAGGCACGGUGCGGUUGGUGCGGCUUAUGCAUUAAGCAUCUUUGCAGGACUGUUGUGGAUGAUGAUAUGA